UGAUGUUCUAUGUGGACCCAGAAGUACUACUGAUAAGGGUAUGUAUGGCAUAAUGAUAAAUUUCAUUUUUCCCAGAAUGAUAUGAGGAUCAAUGAUGCAGACUGCUGGGUUCGAUGAAGCUGGGCAUUUAUAACUAGAUUCAUUAAGGAAUACAAAGAAAAUAUUUAAAGGAAUCAAUAAUGGUGUCUUCUGGUUGCAGAAUGCGAAGUCUGUGGUUUGUCAUUAUAAUCAGCUUCUUACCGAAUACAGAAGGUUUCAGCAGAGCAGCUUUACCAUUCGGGUUAGUUAGGCGAGAAUUAUCCUGUGAAGGUUACUCUAUAGAUCUGCGAUGUCCAGGCAGUGAUGUCAUCAUGAUUGAGAGCGCAAACUACGGUCGGACAGAUGACAAGAUUUGUGAUGCUGACCCAUUUCAGAUGGAGAAUACAGACUGCUACCUCCCAGAUGCCUUCAAAAUUAUGACUCAAAGGUGCAACAAUCGAACACAGUGUAUAGUAGUUACUGGGUCAGAUGUAUUUCCUGAUCCAUGUCCUGGAACAUACAAAUAUCUUGAAGUCCAAUAUGAAUGUGUCCCUUACAUUUUUGUGUGCCCUGGGACCUUGAAAGCAAUUGUGGAUUCACCAUGUAUAUAUGAAGCUGAACAAAAGGCAGGUGCUUGGUGCAAGGACCCUCUUCAGGCUGCAGAUAAAAUUUACUUCAUGCCCUGGACUCCCUAUCGUACUGAUACUUUAAUAGAAUAUGCUUCCUUAGAAGAUUUCCAAAAUAGUCGCCAAACGACGACAUACAAACUUCCAAAUCGAGUAGAUGGUACUGGAUUUGUGGUGUAUGAUGGUGCUGUCUUUUUUAACAAAGAGAGAACAAGGAACAUUGUGAAAUUUGACUUGAGGACUAGAAUUAAGAGUGGAGAGGCCAUAAUUAACUAUGCCAACUAUCACGAUACCUCACCAUAUAGAUGGGGAGGGAAGACGGAUAUCGACCUAGCAGUUGAUGAAAAUGGCUUAUGGGUCAUUUACGCCACUGAACAGAACAACGGAAUGAUCGUUAUUAGCCAGCUAAAUCCAUACACUCUUCGAUUUGAAGCAACGUGGGAGACUGUGUAUGACAAACGUGCUGCCUCAAAUGCUUUUAUGAUCUGCGGCGUCCUCUACGUGGUCAGGUCAGUUUAUCAAGACAAUGAGAGUGAAACAGGCAAGAAUGCAAUUGAUUACAUUUACAAUACCCGAUUAAACCGAGGAGAAUAUGUAGAUGUUCCCUUCCCCAACCAAUACCAGUAUAUUGCUGCAGUGGAUUACAAUCCUAGAGAUAACCAACUCUACGUGUGGAACAAUAACUUCAUUUUACGAUAUUCUCUGGAAUUUGGUCCACCUGAUCCUGCCCAAGUGCCUACCACAGCUGUGACAAUAACUUCUUCAGCUGAGCUGUUCAAAACCACAGUAUCAACCACAAGCACUACUUCACAGAAAGGCCCCAUGAGCACAACUGUAGCUGGAUCACAGGAAGGAAGCAAAGGGGCAAAACCACCUCCAGCAGUUUCUACAACCAAAGUUCCUCCUGUAACAAAUAUUUUUCCCCUGCCAGAGAGAUUCUGCGAAGCCUUAGACGCGAGGGGGAUAAAGUGGCCUCAGACACAAAGGGGAAUGAUGGUUGAACGACCAUGUCCCAAGGGAACAAGAGGAACUGCCUCCUAUCUCUGCAUGGUUUCCACUGGAACAUGGAACCCUAAGGGCCCUGAUCUUAGCAACUGUACCUCACACUGGGUAAAUCAGCUGGCUCAGAAGAUCAGAAGUGGAGAAAAUGCUGCUAGUCUCGCCAACGAACUGGCUAAACAUACCAAAGGGCCGGUGUUUGCUGGGGAUGUGAGUUCUUCAGUGAGAUUGAUGGAGCAGUUGGUGGACAUUCUUGAUGCACAGCUGCAGGAACUGAAACCUAGUGAAAAGGAUUCUGCCGGACGGAGUUAUAACAAGGCAAUUGUGGACACAGUGGACAAUCUUCUGAGACCUGAAGCUUUGGAAUCCUGGAAACACAUGAAUUCUUCUGAACAGGCUCAUACAGCAACAAUGUUACUUGAUACACUGGAAGAAGGAGCUUUUGUCCUGGCUGACAAUCUUGUAGAACCAACCAGGGUCUCAAUGCCUACAGAAAAUAUUGUUCUGGAAGUUGCAGUACUCAGUACAGAAGGACAAGUCCAAGACUUUAAAUUUCCUCUGGGCAUCAAAGGAGCAGGCAGCUCAAUCCAACUCUCUGCAAAUACUGUCAAACAGAACAGCAGGAACGGGCUUGCAAAGUUGGUGUUUAUCAUUUACCGGAGUUUGGGACAGUUUCUUAGUACAGAAAAUGCAACCAUAAAACUGGGUGCUGACUUUAUUGGUCGGAAUAGCACCAUUGCAGUGAAUUCCCACGUCAUUUCAGUUUCAAUCAAUAAAGAAUCCAGCCGAGUCUACUUGACAGAUCCUGUUCUUUUUACCCUGCCACACAUUGAUCCUGACAAUUAUUUCAAUGCAAACUGCUCCUUCUGGAACUACUCAGAAAGAACUAUGAUGGGAUAUUGGUCUACUCAGGGCUGCAAGCUGGUUGACACUAAUAAAACUCGUACAACAUGUGCAUGCAGCCACCUAACCAAUUUUGCAAUUCUCAUGGCCCACAGGGAAAUUGCAUACAAAGAUGGAGUUCACGAAUUACUCCUUACAGUCAUCACCUGGGUGGGAAUUGUCAUUUCCCUUGUUUGCCUGGCUAUAUGCAUCUUCACCUUCUGCUUUUUCCGUGGUCUGCAAAGUGACCGCAAUACUAUUCACAAGAACCUUUGUAUCAACCUUUUCAUUGCGGAAUUUAUUUUCCUAAUAGGCAUUGACAAGACAAAAUACAUGAUUGCUUGUCCAAUAUUUGCAGGACUUUUACACUUUUUCUUUUUGGCCGCUUUUGCUUGGAUGUGCCUAGAAGGUGUGCAGCUCUACCUGAUGUUGGUUGAAGUGUUUGAAAGUGAAUAUUCAAGGAAGAAAUAUUAUUAUGUUGCUGGUUACUUGUUUCCUGCCACCGUGGUUGGAGUUUCAGCUGCUAUUGACUAUAAGAGCUAUGGAACAGAAAAAGCUUGCUGGCUUCAUGUUGAUAACUAUUUUAUAUGGAGUUUCAUUGGACCAGUUACCUUCAUUAUUCUGCUAAAUAUUAUCUUCCUGGUGAUCACAUUAUGCAAAAUGGUGAAGCACUCAAACACUUUGAAACCAGAUUCUAGCAGGUUGGAAAACAUUAAGUCUUGGGUGCUUGGCGCUUUUGCUCUUCUAUGUCUUCUUGGCCUAACCUGGUCAUUUGGGUUGCUUUUUAUAAAUGAGGAGACUAUUGUGAUGGCAUAUCUCUUCACCAUCUUUAAUGCUUUCCAGGGAGUGUUCAUUUUCAUCUUUCACUGUGCUCUCCAAAAGAAAGUACGAAAAGAAUAUGGCAAGUGCUUCAGACACUCCUAUUGCUGCGGCGGCCUCCCAACCGAGAGCCCCCACAGUUCAGUGAAGGCAUCAACCACCAGAACUAGUGCUCGGUAUUCCUCUGGCACACAGAGUCGUAUAAGAAGGAUGUGGAAUGACACUGUGAGGAAACAGUCUGAAUCUUCUUUUAUCUCAGGCGACAUCAAUAGCACCUCAACACUUAAUCAAGGACAUUCACUGAACAAUGCCAGGGAUACAAGUGCCAUGGAUACUCUACCGCUAAAUGGUAAUUUUAACAACAGCUACUCACUGCGCAAGGGGGACUAUAAUGACAGCGUGCAAGUCGUGGACUGUGGACUCAGUCUGAAUGAUACUGCUUUCGAGAAAAUGAUCAUUUCAGAGUUGGUGCACAACAACCUGCGGGGCAGCGGCAAGACUCACAACCUCGAGCUCACGCUGCCAGUCAAGCCUGUGAUUGGGGGCAGCAGCAGCGAAGAUGACGCGAUCGUGGCCGACGCUUCCUCGUUAAUGCACGGCGACAACCCGGGGCUGGAGCUCCAUCACCAAGAGCUCGAGGCGCCGCUCAUUCCUCAGCGGACUCACUCCCUUCUGUACCAGCCCCAGAAGAAGGCGAAGCCUGAGGGGACGGACAGCUACGUCUCCCAGCUGACCGCCGAGGCUGAGGACCACCUGCAGUCCCCCAACAGAGACUCUCUUUAUACAAGCAUGCCCAACCUCAGAGACUCUCCCUACCCGGAGAGCAGCCCGGACAUGGAAGAGGACCUCUCUCCGUGCAGGAGGAGUGAGAACGAGGACAUUUACUACAAAAGCAUGCCAAAUCUUGGAGCUGGCCAUCAGCUUCAGAUGUGUUACCAGAUCAGCCGGGGCAAUAGUGAUGGUUACAUAAUCCCCAUUAACAAGGAAGGGUGUAUUCCUGAAGGAGAUGUUAGGGAAGGACAAAUGCAGCUGGUCACGAGUCUUUAACAGUGCAGCUAAGGAAUUCCAGGGGCCACAGGCAAGUGUUAAUAAAGACUCCGUUGGCCCACUGCAGCUCCCUCACACUCUGCUCAGAGACAUGGCUCUGUUGACCUGUGGUUCUCCAGUGUAAAAAGGUGACUGAACCUUGAAGUUCUGUGAAUUUUUAUAGAACGUACAAAAACUUUGUAUAUACACAGAGUAUACUAAAAUGAUUAUUUGUUACAAAGAAAAGAGAUGCCAACCAGGUAUUUUAAGAUUCUGCUGCUCUUUAGAGAAAUUGUGAAGCAAGCAAAACAAAACUUUUCCAGCCAUUUUACUGCAGCAGUCUGUGAACUAAAUCUGUAAAUAUGGCUGCACCGUUUUUGUAGGCCUGCAUUGUAUUAUAUACAAGACGUAGGCUUUAAAAUCCUGUGGGACAAAUUUACUGUACCUUACUGUUCCUGACAAGACUUGGAAAAGCAGGAGAGCUAUUCUGCGUCAGUUUGGAGCUCGCUGCAAAUCUUUUACAUUAAGGCAAAGGUUGAAAACAUGUUUAACCACUAGCAAUCAAGCCACAGGCCUUAUUUCCUAUGUUUCCUCAACUGUACAAUGAACUAUUCUCAUGAAAGAUGGCUAAAGAAAUUAUAUUUUGUUCUAUUGCUAGGGUAAAAUAAAUACAUUUGUGUCCAACUGAAAUAUAAUUGUCAUUAAAAUAAUUUUAAAGAGUUUGAAGAAAAUAUUGUGAAAAGCUCUUGGUUGCACAUAUGUUAUGAAAUGUUUUUUCUUACACCUUGUCAUGGUAAGUUCUACCCAUUUUCACUUAUUUUCCACUGUACACAGUGUUCUGCUUUGACCACUUAGUCUUUAUUCUUACAUUUAAAUUUCUUAUUGCCAAAAGAAUGCCAUUUAUGGGGGAAAAAAAACUUCGAAGCCAGUUACGCCAUGCCUUGCACAAAUGUGGUGAAAUCUAGAAAAGAGUGUGUGUUACCCCUCUGUUUAUUCUUGAACAGAGGGCAAUGAGGGCACUGGGCACUUCUCACAAACUUUCUAGUGAACAAAAGGUGCCUAUUCUUUUUUAAAAAAUAAAAUAAAACAUAAAUAUUACUCUUCCAUAUUCCUUCUGCCUAUAUUUAGUAAUUAAUUUAUUUUAUGAUAAAGUUCUAAUGAAAUGUAAAUUGUUUCCGCAAAAUUCUGCUUUUCUUUUCAUCCCUUUGUGUAAACCUGUUAAUAAUGAGCCCAUCACUAAUAUCCAGUGUAAAGUUUAACACGGUUUGACAGUAAAUAAAUGUGAAUUUUUUCAA